GCAGUGGGGAGCAGUUCGUGGCUAGCUUGUGGGCCGGCUGCAGUCUCGGUGUGAAGGCGGCCGGAGCGGCUGUCUCGACUAAGAUGAGGUUCCUGCUGCUUCUCCUGGUGGCGGCGUCGGCGGUGGUCCGCAGCGAGGCCUCUGCCAACCUGGGCGGCGUGCCCAGCAAGAGAUUAAAGAUGCAGUAUGCCACGGGGCCGCUGCUCAAGUUCCAGAUCUGUGUAUCCUGAGGGUACAGGCGGGUGUUUGAGGAGUACAUGCGGGUUAUUAGCCAGCGGUAUCCAGACAUCCGAAUUGAAGGAGAGAAUUACCUCCCUCAACCAAUUUAUAGACAUAUAGCAUCUUUCCUGUCAAUCUUCAAACUAGUAUUAAUAGGUUUAAUAAUUGUUGGCAAGGAUCCUUUUGCUUUUUUUGGCAUGCAAGCUCCUAGCAUCUGGCAGUGGGGCCAAGAAAAUAAGGUUUAUGCAUGUAUGAUGGUUUUCUUCUUGAGCAACAUGAUUGAGAACCAGUGUAUGUCAACAGGUGCAUUUGAGAUAACCUUAAAUGAUGUGCCGGUCUGGUCUAAGCUGGAAUCUGGUCAUCUUCCAUCCAUGCAACAACUUGUUCAAAUUCUUGACAAUGAAAUGAAACUCAAUGUGCAUAUGGAUUCAAUCCCACAUCAUCGAUCAUAGCCCUACCUAUUGGCACUGAAAACUAUUUUACACUAAGGGAUUUUGCAAGAGCAGCGUGACUGACAUUAUGAAGGCCUGUACUGAAGACAGCAAGCUGUUAGUACAGACCAGAUGUUUCUUGGCAGGCUCGUUGUACCUCUUGGAAAACCUCAGUGCAAGAUAGUUUUUCCAUUGUUGGCACAUGCUGAAUUCUGCACAUACAUGGAGUGCAAUGCAAUGAUACUGUGUAGCUUCCCCGAGCCCACUGUUAAUAGUUUCUUCUUGGCGUGGCAUUACUACUUGUAACUCUUUUUUUGGUCAAGUUUGAGAAAGUUCAGAAUUGAAUUACAACUUGAGUUUUUUUCAAGAUGUGUGUUAAGCUUGUUGUGUUUUUAUAUGAAUUUUCAUUUUUUUACAGUUUAAUGUUAGUUUUCUUGGAAACACCUGAAGUUCCCAAAUAAUUUAUAAAAGUUUAUCAGAUAGCUCUAAUUUGGUUUUGCUUAAUAUAUAGUUUUCAGAACACUGCAGAUUGUGAACAGUAAAUUAUACAGGAUUAUGGGGGGAAAUCCAAUAUCCAGAGUACUCUACUGUGUGUGUGUGUGUGUGUGUGUGUGUGUGUGUGUGUGUGAGACAGAGAGAGACAGAGAGAGACAGAGAGAGGGAGACAGACACAGAGAGAGAGACAGAGAGACAGAGAGAGAGAGAGAGAUUAUCAGGAACAAAAACAACUGCUUUUAGAAUCCUAUUGUGUAGUUCAAAUGUCUUGCCUUGACCAAUCUAAUGAAUUGAUUAAUGGGCCUUUAUACUAAAUAAUAAAAAACUGAGCAGAUGAAAGUUUAUUGCUCAGUGUACCUGUUAUCAUUAUUUUUAAUAACUAUCUGCCUCAUGUUUUGUUUGUGACUUACAGAUACUCUCAUAAAGGACACACUUUAGAUUCACACACAAACAAUGAGCUAACUUACUGUUUAAAACAGUAACUGUUUUUAAAACAGUUGAAACUCACCUCACUAAAGAAAAAUUCAAUGAAACCUCUUUAUAAAGUAUGUAUUAUGUAAAUGGAAAUCACUCGUCUAGUAAUUGAAUUAUCUUAACAUCCUAUAUCAGAAUUUUAUUGUGUUUGGAAGACAAAAUUAAAAAUAUUUUCAUUGUUUUCAUAUUGUUCCAGAGUUCUAAAAAGAAACUUAGAGUUGAUAAAGAUAAUAAGAAUGAUUUAGCAGAACUAGAAACAUAAUGUUGAAUAACAGUUACAAAGCGGCCAUUGUAACAGACAGGGAUUAAGUGGAAGAGCCAACUGUAACCCUGGAUUUGUGAGUGAAAGUUAAAGAGCUUAAGGGAAGGAUAUUGGUGCCACCUAACUCUUAGAUGUUAAGAGCAGCUUGACUACUGGACAUACCUUGAGUGCAUUCGGGCCAUGCCUCUUAGUAUGACAGCUUAAAGUGGAAUCUACUGUGAUCUUCAGAUAACAGAAAGAUAGUCUGGUGAUGAACUGAAGAAAAGUGAUGCAAUGUUACCUUUUGAUUAGGAUUGCAGCACUGCUAGUCCAGGUUCUUCUGGUGAUAGAUAUUGUCAUUUAAACUCGAGUUCCUUAGAGCUUAUUAUUUAUGUGUAAAUAUAUAUAUAUAUAUAUAUAUAUAUAUAUAUAUAUAUACUUGUAAAGUUUAGCAUCAGAGGGGCCUUUCUUCAAGUAAUGGACAUUCCAUUUGUGACACAAUUAGCUUUAUGGCAUGUAGACAUUCAGAAUUUGGGCCAUGGAUGUUCAUGUGUACUUGGCAGGUCAAACUAUGAAGAACCUAAAGUCAAAUCCAACUUUCUCCAUGUUUGCCUUAGAUUGAUUUUGUCUCCUAGAUAAUAGCUUUAACUGUCUUAGACAUCUAGUAAAAUUCAGCUGUUUUAUCCACACUCGUCUGUUGUCAUAUUUAAAUCCAGAAUAUAAUAUUCUACUAAAGAGAUAAAUGAGAUGCAUGGAUAUAAAAAUUAUAAGGUAAAGGAGAAAGUAAACUAUUUAUAACUUUAUUACUAACAAUUUAAAAUUUAUUAGUUGCAUAUAAAUUGGUAUAGCCAUAUAGCUACAAAAUGUCUGUGCUCUAUAAAUCAGAGAACUGAGGACUUGUCAAUAGGCUAGCUAAUUUUACUGGAGUUUUCAACACAGUUGCCAUUGUGGAAGGUUUUUGCAUUAAUGAAAAAGUUGGUAAACAUGGCGUUAGGCCUCAGUGUGUAAGAUGUACAGGAACACCUGCUUUCUGAAUGUGAGUAGCAUUGGUUAUGGCACUAGCAUUAGUGACAGUUGCUCAGCCUGAACAGCUGUGAAAUGUGAUGAGAUCCCGUGAUGGUUCAUUCUUUCCUUAAAGGUUUAUUAGUUUGGAAUUUUGAUUGACUGGCACAUUCUAUCAUUGUCCUAACUUAAAAUAAUUCAGUUAAAAGUUUUUUUAAAACAUGAUUUGAUAUUUGAGGGCUUUUCUUUAAAAAAAACAAAAAACAAAAAAAAAACAAACCAAGAAGCAAGUAAAGAAUUGUAAGCAUUUGGGACUUCUUUGUGGCAUUGUGAAAAUAAAUAAGCCAACAUGAAAGGAACCCUGCUUUGUG